ACCCGCAUUACAGGCAAUGAGCGCCUGACGAGCCAGCCUGUGUACAUAGGAGUUUUAGUGCCGCUCUCUCGAGUUCCUAUAAAAGGCACUGCACUGAGGCAGUUAGUGUCAUUAGAGCUCAAGUAAAUCUAGAAAUCGCACGCGUACAAAUACACUAUCUAGCUAAAUACGCUUUAGAAAACGUGAAUCGAACAUAGUGAAUGUGUUAAACAUAGCUGCGCUUCAAAUUUUCCGAUAAUUUACGAGAAGUUCUAAAUUUUCAUAAAAGCAAUAUGCAAGGAUAUAGAACGUACAACAUCGAUGCGCAUCAUGCGUCACAUCACCACGACAGCACCAGCGCAGAACAAAAGCCGUUAGUUGUGGAUUUAAUGGCCACACAAUACGCGAAAUCACAAACACCGCCGCCAUCACCAAACGAAUGCCACUCCAGCCCGGACACAUCGCUGAACAGCAGUCGCACGAGCGGCGAAAUCCCCUCAGAUCCAUCAGUCCGCCGUUAUCGCACCGCCUUCACUCGCGAUCAACUAUCCCGCCUGGAAAAGGAAUUCUUCAAAGAGAACUAUGUCUCGCGUCCACGCCGUUGCGAGCUGGCCGCACAACUUAACCUGCCCGAGUCUACAAUCAAGGUGUGGUUCCAAAAUCGCCGCAUGAAGGACAAGCGUCAACGCAUUGCCGUCGCAUGGCCCUACGCCGCCGUCUACUCAGAUCCCGCAUUCGCCGCCUCGCUACUACAAGCAGCCGCCAACAGCGUGGGCAUGCCUUAUCCACCCUACGCAGGACCCGGCGCGAAUCACAUGCUAGCCGCCUCCGCCAUGCCAAUGUCCAGCCACUACGCGCCCUACCGCUACAGCCCCUACCAGCUGCCAACAGCGCGUCCAGUGCCACCGCCAGCAAUGCAACCACAUCUCCACGGCAUGCCAGCACAUACAGCCGCCGCAGCAGCUGCGGCUGCCGCUAUGCACAAUGCUCCACUGGCCGCCGCUGCAGCCGCCGGCUAUCCGAGCAUGUUGAGCGCCGCCAUGGCACCACACCAGGGCUAUGCCGCCAUGGCCGCUAUGCCAUCAAAGCAACACACACCGCCACUUGAUCUACAAUCGUCCGCAUCGCCAAAUUCCUCAACGCUCUCGCUGAGCCCCGCCGGUUCGGAUCACACCAAAGUAUUUGAUCGCACACCAGCCACCAACGCCACCAUUGCAAUGCCAAGAUCCAGCGGUGGUAGCAGCAGUGCUGAAUAUAUCAACGUGACGCAUGAGAGCAGCACCGGCGGCAACAUCACCGGCGGCAAUAGCACUUUGUAUCGCAGCGAAAGCGCCCUCACAGCACACUCACUGCCCGCCACCAUCAACGAAAUUAAUCAUCACCUGACCGCCACACAGUCGGUUGGACUUUUGAUGACCAGCAACAGCAACUGUAGCAACAAUAACAAUAACAACAACAACAACGUGAGCCUCAGCAACAGUAAUAAGCGUCCCGCAGCCUCAUUCUCGCCCACACAAACCGUUAUUGCCGAACCGAAACCGAAGCUCUUCAAGCCCUACAAAACAGAGGCUUAA